UUCCUUCCGUAGCCGUUUUGGCUCCAGUUUGGCUCGAGCCAAGCUGGCUGGAACUUGGAUGCCCUCCUAUUGAAUCUGGUGGCCCGCCAUCCACAUGCCAACUUGAAAAUAGUGGGAAUAUCCGCCUGCCUGAGGCAAGUCGCCCUCUGAUCGGAUGUGCGCUGCGCGCGUCUGCCGGCCGGGGGCCCGCCUGCUCGCGGCGGCGUGCGCCCUGCGCGGGGCCGGCGCGCUGGGAGUGCGCAGCGGCGCGCGCCUGAGCCACCGGGAGGAGCCGGCGGCCUCGUCGGAGGCCGCGGCGGAGCUGGGCUCCGCGGCGGCCAAGGCCGAGUACGCCAUGACCUGGGAAGCAGCGGCCGAGAAGGCGCACUCGGUCGCGUCCGCCAUGACCCCCGAGGAUCAGUUUCGCCUCGUCGGGGGCCUGCACAACAUUCGGGCCCACUACUACAUCGGCAACACCGAGGCGGUCGAGAAGUUUGGCAUCCCGGCGUUGCGCAUGCAGGACUCGAGCAACGGCUUCCGCACCACGGACGACGAGGAGUUCAACACGACCACGCACUGGCCUUCUCCACUGGCUCUCGGCGCGACCUGGGACGUCGAUCUCAUCGAGCGCGUGGCGGAAGCGAUAGGUGCGGAGUUCAAGCAGAAGGGCGCCAACGUGGUGUUGGGGCCAUCGCUGAAUGUGCACAGGGUCGCCGCGAACGGCAGGAAUUUCGACAACACCCGACACAUGGCUGGGGAGGAUCCGUAUUUGGGAUCGCGCUACGCCGCGCCAUACAUACGUGCGGUGCAGCGGCAGGGCCUGAUCGCGACCGCCAAGCAUUUUGCGUUUAAUGAGCAGGAGACAAACCGGUACAACGAAAGCUCUGACGUCGAUGCCGUUACCGCGUGGAACCUAUAUUAUCCGCCUUUUGAAGCCGCAGUUCAGUCCGGCAUUGGUGCUUUCAUGUGUUCCUACAACAGGGUAAACGGCACAUUCGCGUGUGGCAAUGAAGAUAUUUUGAAGCGGGAUUUGCGGGACAUGAUGGGCUUCAAGGGAUUCGUUAUGACAGAUUGGAUGGCAGGGCAUUCACCCACGGACAUGCUCCACGGUCUAUCCCAGGAGAUGACCGUGGGCCCCGCGUGGUUUUUCAACAAAGAGAAGCUCAGCGAGUUCGGCACCACGAAGCUCACGGAGGCAACCGCCGAGAUCCUCACGUCAGUCUAUCGCCUUGGCCUCGAUCGCGAGAAGGCUCCGUGCCAGCAGCCGUGCACCAGCGUGAAGUACUCCAACGCGCGCAGCACGGAGCACACGGCGCUGGCCCGGGAGGCGGCCACGGCCUCCCUGGUGCUGCUGAAGAACGACCGGGGCCUCCUGCCCCUGCGCGCCGGGCCGAAGAAGCGGCUGGCCAUCGUUGGCCUCCCCGCGGGCGCCAAGCGGGGCGAGGCCUCGUGGUCGUCCAGGUGCCCCGACCCGCCGCAGGGCAUGAGCGUCAUCGGCCUGGACCCGAACAAGCAGCAGGACUACUGGGCGUGCCUGAAGAACUCCAGCGCCGACUACUACGGCGGGGGCGGCUCCGGCUCCGUCGUCGGCCCCGACCCAGUGACCCCGGCGGAGGCCAUCCAGGAGCGCGCCAAGGUGCUCGCGGGCGUUCGGUCCGCGGCUGCGAUCGGGCGAGUCGGCGACGUCGCGCGCGGCGAAGCGCGCGCGGGGGGCAGUGGGCUGAGUGGGCUGGCCAGCAGGGGCAGCCGGCGGAUAGGGGGCGCGCGACCCGUUGCAGGCCCUUUGCGGGGCGGCCGGCACGCGCUGGCGGCGCGGGAAGAUCGCGCCGGCAGAGUCGCGCUGGUGAGGGGUGUUUUUGACCCGGCCUCAGGCGCGCCAGCAAAGCUGGGCGGCUUCUUCAACCCGUCGUUGAAAGAGGCGUUCGGAGGAGAAGUCAGUCCAACGUUCAAGUUGAGUGCGCCCCUGGCCAGCCCCGCGGGGCUGGGCGCCGCUGCGGCGCCCCUGGCGGAGUCUGGCUCCACGGCAAUCAACGAGCGGUCGUCGUACUCCGCGGGCUACGCCUUGGUGAACGUCCGGGUGGUCUCGUUGUAG